AUGGGACUGCCAGCCAAGGAAGGGGGUUAUGGCACUGGUUUAUGGCACUGGUUUGUGGCUUGGUUUUUGACUGGCAGGCCAGAGCCACACUCCCAGGUUCAAAACACUGCACCAGGCUGCCUCACUUUUCCUCGCUCUCAUUCCCUCUCUCCAUUUCUGUAGACACCUCCAAGGUCAUGUGGCCACUGGCAUGACUGCAUGGAGUGCCGUGACCUUCCCGCCGGAGCGGUACCUAUUGAUCUACUCACAUUAGCAUGUUUUCGAACUGCUAGGUUGGCAGGAGCUGGCGCUAACAGCGGGCUCUCACUCCGCUCCCGGGAUUUGAACCUGGGACCUUUUGGUCUGCAAGUUUAGCAGCUCAGCGCUUUAACACACUUCACCACCAGGGUGAAAUAAUAUAUAAUAAUAAUAAUAAUAACAAUAAUAAUAUUUCCCCCUUCUUCUCCGGGUGCAGAUGCGGCAGGGGAGUCCCGGCUGGGGGAGCUGCUGAUGGGAGAGGUGUGCAAGCUGCAGGCCUUGCUGCGGGCGGAGCGCACGAGGGGCCAGGAGCUGGCGGAGCGGCUGCAGGCGGCGGAGGAGGCCCUGCAGGAGCGGCGCCGGCGGGAGGAGGACCAGGUGGGCGCCCUGGCCCUGCGCUGCGCCCGCCAGAGCCAGGAGAAGGGCGCCGCACUCCGGCAGAACCACGAACUGCGCCUCCAGAUCGAGAGCCUGAAGCACAGCCUGAGGAAGGCCGAGGAGGACUGCCAGCUGGAGCGGAGGCAGACCCUGAAGCUCCGGCAGACCCUGGAGCAGAGGCCCAGCACCCAGGGACCCCCGGAGAAAGAGGGGCCCCAGAGCCCCUCCCAGCUCUCGGAGGAGAAGGAGCUCUUGGAGCUGCGCUGCGCCUCCCUCCGGAACGACAACCGGAUCUACCAGGACCGCAUCCGGACCGUUCUGCACCAGAUGGAGGAAGUGGCCGGAGAGAGGGACCAGGGCCUGGCGAUCCAGGAAGUCCUCCAGCGCCAGUAUUCCAAGAGCUUGCGGGAGAAGGAUGCCUACAGGAAGCAGAUCCGUGACCUCGGGGAGAAGGUUAACGACCUCCAGCUCCAGCUCUUCCAGAAGGAAAGGCACCUGCGCAGCCUCAGAACCGGGAAGGAACCAUCACCGCUUGACCCUUUGGCUCUGACGUCGGACUUUGAGGAAACGUCAUCCCAAAGCUCCCCAGACGAAGUGAGCAAAGGAGACGCCAUAGAUCUCCCACCGCAAAAAGCGGCCGUAUUUUCUCUAAAGAUGGAUGAAGACCCAAAAGGCCCCGAAAACAGCCAACAGUUCAAUGCAUUGGAAAAUACGUCGCAGGAAAGUGAGACGCUCAAUGGGGAAUUAAUGGAGAAAGGCCGCCGGCGAAUUAAGGACACCUUUGAGCAAUACAGACGGAAGAGAGCCCUGCGCCGCGUCCAUAAGGCCCGCUAUCAUGAGGUGGACUGGGAGAACUCCUCCGGCUCCUGACCUCUAAGGACACAAUUCGAUCCCUCCCGACAGAUGGCCAGCCAGAAUGUUUUGGAGUUCUGCAGAUCGGGAUAAAUAUAUAUAUAUACUUUGUAUGUUGUCUAUUCCAUGUUCUCAUGGGAACAAGUCAAUCGUCUUUGUAAUUAUUAAUUACUCAUUUAAUAACUCU